AUGGCUAAGGCACCCGAGACGAGCUAUGGGGUUGACCGUAUCGAAACGGCCCUUGGAAACGAAGAGGAGGGCACCGAUUGGUCGAAACAGGCCGAUGAAAGCGACUUUGAAGUUUUUAGGAGAGAAGAAGGUGCUGUCGACUUUCGGACCGUAACUUGGCCUCAUGCGUCUGUAAUCUUCCUUAAAUACAUCUUCGCUACCGGGGUACUUUCUAUUCCGUCUUGCAUGUUUGUCCUGGGCGCGUUUCCUGGGGCAAUCAACGUUGUCGCUUGGACGAUGCUUAAUACAUAUUGCGCCAUCAUUCAAGGCAACUUUCGGAACUCUCACCCCCGUUGUCACUCAAUCGCAGACAUGGCGCAGCUGGUUGGCGGACCUUGGCUACGAGAGGUUGUGAGCAUCUUGUUUCUGCUGGCUUACAUCAUUUGCGCAGCCUCUGGGAUUUUGGGUGUCUCGGAGGGCCUUAAUGCUCUAUCUGAUCACGCAAUCUGUACACAGUGGUUUACUUUUGUUGCUACUGUCAUUGUGGCAGCACUUGCGAGUGUCAGAAAAUUUGAGAAGAUGGCCUGGCUCGCCUGGUUGGGAUUUGGUUCCGCCUUUGUUGCUGUCCUGAUAGUGGUUAUCGGUGUUACAAGGCUUGAUCGCCCGGCAGCUGCUCCACAAACUGGCGACUUUGACCUGGGAUUUCAUGCAAUUGGCUCCCCUACCUUUGUUGCAGGCGUAACAGCGGCAGCGACAAUCUUCUGCUCCAGUGCCGCGACGUCUGCUUUCCUCCCAGUCAUCUCCGAGAUGAAGAAGCCAAAAGAUUAUCCAAAGGCUGUCUACCUCUCCAUGACCAUUGUCACCACUUCUUACCUUGCUUUCUCUCUUGUCAUGUACCGGUGGUGUGGACAGUGGAUUGCCUCCCCAUCGCUCGGCAGUGCUGGGCCUGUCAUCAAGAAGGUGGCUUACGGCGUGGGAAUCAUUGGGCUCUGUGUCAGCGCCUGCCUAUAUGUCCACAUUGGUUCCAAAUAUCUCUUUGUCCGCGUGCUGAGGAAUUCUCCCCAUUUGCAGCUCAACAGCGUUAUCCAUUGGGCUACCUGGUUUUCGAUUACUGCUGGUGUCUCAGCCGUCAGCUUUGUUGUUGCAUCAGGAAUCCCCAUCUUCAAUUACAUACUCGCCCUUGCAGGGAGUUUAUGUUUUGCGCCUUUGGCAAUAUCUUUACCAGCCUACCUGUGGCUACACGAUCAUCGCGAUUGGAGAACAGGAGGAUAUUUGAAGGCAGCCGCUUGGACGUGGAAUGCUUUUCUCAUCCUCGUCGGCGCUUUCAUGACAGUUGGAGCUACCUACGGUGUGAUUCAAGAGAUAAUCAAUGUGUAUGCCGAUGGAACAAUUGGCUCUGCUUUUUCAUGUGCUGAUAAUAGCAACUCUUCCUAA